AUGGACUACCCAUGUUUGCCGUUCACAACUCGGGCUCUUGGGGCUCGGGGCACACCACGCGACGCCCACCAAGCGUCAGAUUUCACGGCCUUGCUACCAGCAUCGCAUCGUACAGAGGCGGAUCACAUCGUCGCGCCACAAGCCGAUUCCGACUUCCUGAAGGUUGAACUACUCGUCAAGAGACUCAACGCCGUCCAGGACUGGCUAUGGGUAUGUGGCCGGCCCAUGCCGCCUCGCCCACUUCACCACCAGGUCCUCAUCAACCGGGACAUCACCAUCACCGAGAACCCGGAACUGCACCUGGUAUGGCACAAACACCGCAUCUUCCUGAAGCCCAUUCCAUCCUGGCUUCUCGAGCCUGACGUCUGGACGGAGCGUAUCCUGCCCAACCCCGAGCUCGCCCGCUGCGCACGGGGGUUUCUCUUCUCGUACACGGCGCUCAUCGCGUACGAGAGCGACUUCCGUAUGGCGAAGGAGAAGGGCCUAUUUCCCCUAGAAGUCAAUUGGGAGAACUGGAAACAGCUCUCCAGGGAGAUAUUAAGUAAUCACUGUUACGCCACUGUUAACCCGAGGUAUUGGUACGGAGAGCUUCGCCUGAGUCGCCUGAACAAGGUCUACCGGCUCCGAAAGGGCUGGCUUCUGCGCGGCUACUCCAAGGUCGCUGCGCACACGGUCUAUGUCGACCUGAUCCGCGACAACUUUGGCGCCCUGGCGACAAUACUCGGUUACGUCGUCAUCGUGUUGACGGCGAUGCAGGUCGGGCUGGGGACAGAUCGGCUCCAGUCCGAUGGCGCUUUCCAGAGCGUGAGCUAUGGCUUCACCGUCUUCAGCAUUAUUGCGCCGCUGGUGGCCGGUGUCGGGAUCAUCAUUGGUGUUUUGGCCAUGUUUGUCAGUAACUGGAUCGUGACGAAGGACUACGAGGGGAAGAGGUUCCGGGAGAUGGGGGUAGAGCCGUACUGGAGGAAUGAGCCUGGGAAGGCUAUCGCUGUGUCGUCCAUCAAGGACAGUUCACAAGGCUCGGAUGGACACGGAGGGGGAGUCUAA